AUGAGCAGAUGCAGAAGGAUAGUGGUGAUUGUUACAGCAGUUCUCAUUCACGUAUUAGCAGGCUCAGAAGCUCAAGGCGUCGACUCACAGAAAGUACCAUUGGAUGUUUACUGCUCAAAUCUGACUUCCGAGGGUUAUUCCUACUCUUCCAAACCCAGGCUGGAUAAGUACCAGAGGAUUUGUUGGGAUGUCGAUAAAUACAUCAAAUGUAUUAUAGAUAACAGAAUAACUCGCGUGACAACACUCCCCUUUGUGGUUCAGCCUUUUGAGCGAUUCUUUCCGAGUGAAUACGAGCUGGCCAGUGCUACUUAUAUGUUGUGUUCACAAAAUCUAAUUGAAU